CUCAUCUGAUCUAUUGCAUCUGCUUGAUCAAUUCGCAAUUUGCUGAACAAUGUCCGUGACAGACAGCGACGAUCAGCUGGCCGCAGCGCUCGAGGAGCGUUUUGCGACCCUGGACGAGGAGGAGCUGGAUUUCUUAAAAUCUCAGACCGGUAUCGUCAACCAAGACGAGUUGAACCGACACGUACUCGAAGUCCAGAAAGAAGCAUUCAAGGUGUUUCCGUAUUCGUGCAUCCAGAACUUCAACUUUGUCAAGCUGAAGAUCUCGCGCUUGCCUGCGUACUACCAGCUUUUGAAGCUCGGCAAGGAGCGUGAGGGAGCAAUCUUCCUUGACAUCGGUUGUUGCUUUGGUAAUGAUAUCAGGAAGGCGAUUUCCGAUGGCUUUCCGAUUCAUAAUGCCAUUGCAUCUGACCUCGAAGCCGACUUCUGGAAACUCGGUCAUCGUCUCUUCAACUCCUCCUCAGAGACAUUCCCUGUUCCAUUUGUCCCCGGAGACAUCUUCUCCCCCACCUUCCUUGCUCCUUCCCCGCCCUUUUCCACACCCCCGAGCACACCCGCCCCACAUUUUCCUUCCCUGACGACCCUCACGCCCCUCCUCGGGCAGGUCUCCGCAAUUCAUGCUUCCUCGCUAUUCCACCUCUUUGAUGAGGCCCAGCAACUCCAGCUCGCACGCGCCCUAGCCGGAUUACUCUCGCCGUUGUCUAACUCCGUCAUCUUCGGCUCACACGGGGGACGGCCUGAGAAGGGGUUCCGCGAGCGCCCGCGGGAGCGUGGUGGGCGGAUGUUCUCCCAUUCACCAGAGAGCUGGAAAGAGAUGUGGGAGGAGGAGGUAUUUGGGAGAGGCGAGGUGAGGGUGGAGGCGGAACUGAAGGAGGGGAGAAUGAGGAGCGGGUCGCGGGACGAGGAGGGAAGGGCCUGGAGGCUCGUGUGGUCUGUGACGAGAUUGUAGAUUGCGACGAGUAGUGGAAGUUGUCGUUCUGCGCUAUGACAUUAUUUUGUGAUCUCUUUACGUUGAGCCG